UCCAUGGAAAACAUUGGAGAACAAGUUGUGUGCCUGAUGGCUUAUCAUCUACUUUUUGCAAUGUUUGUCUGGUCGUACUGGAAAACUAUCUUUACAUUACCAAUGAAUCCUUCAAAAGAAUUCCAUCUCUCUUAUGCAGAGAAAGAGUUGCUGGAGAGAGAGCCGAGAGGAGAGGCCCACCAGGAAGUUCUGAGGCGGGCAGCCAAGGACCUCCCCAUCUAUACCAGAACCAUGUCUGGAGCCAUCCGGUACUGUGACAGAUGCCAGCUGAUAAAACCCGACCGCUGCCAUCACUGCUCCGUCUGUGAUAAAUGUGUUCUGAAGAUGGAUCACCAUUGCCCCUGGGUGAACAAUUGUGUUGGAUUUUCCAAUUAUAAGUUCUUCCUCCUUUUCUUGGCUUAUUCUCUGCUGUACUGCCUUUUUAUUGCUGCUACAGAUUUACAGUAUUUUAUCAAAUUCUGGACAAAUGGCCUACCUGAUACUCAAGCCAAGUUCCAUAUUAUGUUUUUAUUCUUUGCUGCAGCUAUGUUUUCUGUCAGCUUGUCUUCUCUGUUUGGCUAUCAUUGUUGGCUAGUCAGCAAAAAUAAAUCUACAUUAGAGGCAUUCAGAAGUCCCGUAUUUCGACACGGAACAGAUAAGAACGGGUUCAGCCUGGGCUUCAGCAAAAACAUGCGGCAGGUGUUUGGUGAUGAGAAGAAGUACUGGUUGCUACCCAUUUUUUCAAGUCUAGGUGACGGCUGCUCCUUUCCAACUUGCCUUGUUAACCAGGAUCCCGAACAACCGUCUACGCCUGCGGGACUGAAUUCAACAGCCAAAAAUCCUGAAAACCAUCAGUUUCCUGCAAAGCCAUUGCGAGAGUCUCAGAGCCACCUUCUCAUUGAUUCUCAGUCUUGGACAGAGAGCAGCACAAACCCAGGAAAAGGCAAAGCUGGUAUGAGCAAUCCUGCAUUAACCAUGGAGAAUGAGACUUAACUCUUCAAGCAAAAUAAAUUCCUAUUUCAUAAAAGUAUCAAUGCAGUAAGGAGGUGGAUGGACGAGACUGCCCCAGGCAGGGGCCUUUGGCCACUUGUUCCUGUAUCCCGUCGGCUGAUUAUGCAGAACACGACUGAUCCGUUCUAAGUUACUGCUUAAAACAACACAUUUUGAUCCAAUCUAUAAAUUGUUAUAGCUAAAACAAAUUCCUAUUAAAUAUGAAAAGUUACUAUGGUUUACAAAUCAAGGGGGGAAAUAUCUUCUAUGAAAAACUUGGAACAUGGGCCGGUUUUCACCCAGAUACUCGGAUAGCAGAGUUUACAACCGAACAACUCUGUUAAUCAUGUACUUUUCUGAUUCAGAACAUUGAAACUAUUAAGAUACGGUUUAAGAUUUGAAAGAUUUUAGGUCACGUUACAAUGACAAGCUUCGUGGAACCCCUUAGCCACCUUUAAGAAGGUGGAGGUAGCAAAUCAGACGUCUUUAUUUUAACCCUCUGCUGUGAGUCCAGCUCAGACCGAGUGAGCUGUAAUAACUAGGAAUUCAUUACGAAGUCCAAGUGGCUGCUGCUCAGCAUCACCGUCCAUUUUUGCCAGACUUUGAUCGAAUUCUAGCCUUUGUCCUCUGCUGGGAAAUACAUGUGAACAUUGAAGCUUGAGCUCACGGAGCAAGCAAUUGGCUAGAAAACUUUUGUCAGGACUAAUACGUUGCCGUUACAUCAGAAAUACACUUCCAUCUCUUCUCAUCUUAAACUGGGGAAAAUCUGUGAUAUCUCCGGUGAAGAUUGCUUCAUGACAUUCUUUUAUCAGUUUGGCUUUUUAAAAAAAAAUCUUACAAGUUCUGUCUCCUAUUGAACGCAGUUUCUGUUAAGAAUUUCAGAUGGGUCAAUGGAUUAUUAUUACUGUCAUCCUCCAACGAUAUUAUUUCUGUGUCUUCUCAUCAAAAUAAUGACCCUCCACCUAUAUUUUUCCUCAAAUGUCUAUUAAGAUUAAAUUAUGCAAAUCAGAUAAAAACCAUAUACUCUUGGCAAUUUAGUUCGACAGGAACUAGAUGGUAGCCUGUUUGGAACUGAAGGUCAACUGAAGUGGUGUGUUUGUCGAUGCCAAACUGCUCAGCUUCAGUAAAUACACGAAGGAGCUCCUGUGCCUUGUAAGCACUAUUUGAAAAAAAAAAGAAUCGUUUUAUUUUAUUUCGAAUGAACUCUAAGUUUUGUAAAUGUUAACAAUUAGAAUAAUAACCUGUAUACUUUUUUGGUACUGAUUUUAAACAUUUAAAGUAGAAUACCUUUCCAAGCUCCACCGCCAAGUCAUUGGUAUUUAAUCGAAGAGAAAAAAAUAAGUGGUAAUAAACGUUUCAGAAUCUCUGUUAGGCAAAACUUCAACACGAAAUAAACUGGAAGACCAGAAGAUAAUGGAGCAAAAGACCCUGGCAGUUACUAUCCUUGCUGAAAACACAGAGUUUUGUAUUCCGCGUCGAUGGAAGAACUGUCGUCAGCCAAGUUCGUUUUGUAGUUCAUUAGAGGGUGAGGCUUUGAACAAUAGAAUCGACAGUCUUUCUCAGAUUUUUUUUUAAGCUAAAGUGUUUGAUCUGACAAUCUGCUUCAGGAAUCUCAGAAGAUGUGGUACAGUUUUACUUUUAUC